AUGCCUGGCGAUGUUUUCUUGAUAUCAUCAAAUUCGAGAAUAAAGUUAAAUGCCUUUCGCUAUGUCCCGUCUGUACAAGAGUGUUCCCAUAACAUGUCAACCAUUGACCAAAAUCGUGACGAUCUGGGCACGAUGGAUACGAAAGUUUUAAUGGCAGACGGCGACUUACCAGCGCCCGCUACGCAAUCGAACGGAAUGAUAUGCCAAGAGAUCCAACCCGAAAAGAUACUGCCUCAAACUCCAGCACAUAGAAUCCCCCUGGCUGAUCUGAUCAGCAAUACAGAGGAAGCUUUCAAUAGAGCUCCAGGAAAAGCUAUCACUCCCGAAGACCAUGUGUUUUGGAAGCAUGAGCCAUGCAACACAAAUCCUAGAGACGUCUCAGGCUCGCCUCUUGCAACUGGUAAAAAGCGCCAUCGAAGUGCAUCACCCACCAGUUCCCCUCUGGGAGUGGAUCCGACACACAAUGUGUCAAGCCCACAACCCUCUCAGAGGUUCCUGAGAACGCCCCAGCAUGACAUCGCCGCGGACCUUUGGAGCAAAUAUAUCGGAAAAGUCACGGGAAACCCUGGUGGUGAUGCCCCAAAACCUCAGUUCUCCCAUCUCAUCGCCUCCUCACCGCAAACCCCGGUAGACGUUCGAGCAGGUAAGGAUUUGUCGACGCUUCGCAGAUCAAAUAGUUGCAAUGUCUACUGGCCGACGUCUAAUACCAAGAGAAGAAGAGUCGACAAUGCACAGCAGGCUGUGAAGAGAGUUCAGGACAUUUUUGCUGGAUCGCGCAACUCGCUCCUUGGGGCGGGCACUUCAAAGUCAUCCAAGAUUAGCCUCCUGGUCGGGAAAAUACAAGAAACUCUCUUGAAAUCGCCGAGAAAAGAAAUUUCAGGCCCAUCUAGCUCCACUCCUUUACCAGAGCGCUCUGAUAAUAUAGCGGAAUACUCAGGAUCAUCGCUAAAAUAUACGAAUGAUAAUGAAAACAAUCCAAUUGAUACACCUUCUAGAAGCUCGAGAAGAGUAGUGUCCAGUGAUCCUGUUCACACAGACGCUAUGGACAACGUACAAGACUUGAAUGCGAUGUUGUCCGAGUUUGAUGAAGAUGGUCUAGAUGAUGAUUUUCUUGAAUUUGCUGGGGCAGCUGGCAAUCAGCUUAAUCCCAUCCAUUCCGGAAUUGGUCCGUCUCCCGAUGCUCUACAGAAUGAAACACUCAAAGCUUCAUCCACUGUGCAUCGCCAACCUGAUCCUAGUAUCAAUUCCCCCAACAAACCUUAUAAGCACUCCAUGCCGCCCACCUCACACGCCCAUACAAGUUCCGACGAUGUUGAAGAAUUUCACGAUAGUGACAACGAAUUUUCUGAGGCAAUGGAGCAAGUUCUCGCACGUUAUGACUUGAGAGAACAGACAAAUGCAAACAAACAGGAAAGCAGAAUUUUAGAAGGGUCCCUUGCUCAUGACCUCGGAGAAGUAGCAGCUUCUAAGAAUGAAGCGGACACCUCUACUUUGGACAGAGCGAUAUUCACUUCCGAUGACGAAUUCGAUGAGGAUAUCGACCUGGGGUCCAUUGGGAUUGCAUUGCAAAAGACUGCUGGUACGAAUGUUUCGAGUCAAAAUUAUAAAUCACCGCAGGCCAUUAAUCGGUAUCUCGUACUUGACUCGGCUGAAGAUACAUAUCUCAAUUGCAAAGGCCAAUUAAAGCCUCAAAGAGUUCUGUUUGUUCAGGAGGAGAAAACGAAUAACAAUCGAGCUAUCAGUUUGCGGGAAUCAUGGUAUGAUACUCCAUGCGCAAAAGGCUCUUAUAUCCACCUCAUCGGGAGCUUUGAUCUCAUGGGACAAUGCGUAGUGGAUAAUUCCGAGAAUCUGAUAAUCCUUCACCCUGAUCAUCUAAUCUCAGCAACGGUGGUGGCGGAUUCAUUUACUUGUCCGCGCCGCGCUGUUCUCCAAGACCGCGUUAAAGCCACUAGCGAGGCCAACAAGCCGCAAGUUUAUGGCCAUAUUCUUCAUGAAAUAUUCCAGGCCGCCGCGAGCGCGAACCGAUGGGAUUUAAACUGGUUGCGUGAAGUUAUUUCGAGCACUUUGGAACACUAUGUGGAGAGUUUGUAUGAGAUCCAAGUCGAAUUUUCCGAAGCCACCGAGUAUUUAAUGAGCAAAAUGCCGGCUCUCCAAGCAUGGGCAGAAACAUUCAUGCGAUCUCACCCUACGAGAGAGUCGAUUGUUGAAGACAGGAAUGGAACAAGUUCGUGUUUGAGCAUCAACAAACUUCUUGAAAUCGAGGAACAUAUAUGGUCUCCUAUGUACGGAUUAAAAGGCAAUAUCGAUGCGACAGUGCAAGUGGUCGUCCAGGAAGGGACAGGGCGGAAAACGCUUACUGUCCCAUUCGAGCUAAAAACUGGACGGAACCAUUCCAACGAGGCUCACAGGGCACAAACGGCAUUGUACACCUUACUUCUUUCUGACAGAUACGAUAUUGACGUGACUUUCGGACUACUUUAUUAUCUCGAAUCAACUAAGACAUUCAGAGUUCGAGCUAUCCGAAACGAAAUCCUCCAAAUAAUACAGCAGCGCAACCGCCUCGCGGAGUUCAUAUAUAAAAAUUCAGAAUUACCUCCAAUGCUCAAACAGUCACGGAUAUGCAACCAGUGCUACGCUAAAAAUGCAUGCUUCAUCUACCACAAAGUUAUGGAUGACGGAGAUGGGGAAAGCAGCGGAAUGGGAAGUAGUUUCCUUGAAGUUGUUGGACACCUUACACCCUCUCACCAAAACUUCUUCAAGAAAUGGGAUGCGCUUUUGACCAUGGAAGAGCGAGAUAUCAUUAAAUUUCGAAGGGAGUUAUGGACCAUGCUAAGUAAUGAACGCGAGGGGGUUGGCCGCUGCUUCGGUAAUGUUAUGGUCGAGCCGGGCUCUGCCUACGAAGAAACCGGUGUACCAAAAAUUAAUCGUUUUAGGUAUACGUUUUACAAGUACAAACCACCUUCAAACUUCACUUUCGGGGACUCACAGCUCAGUGUCGGGGAGCCUAUCGUUGUUUCUGACGAAAAGGGCCAUUUCGCACUCGCCAACGGAUACAUCACGCAUAUUAGUCGUAAGCGGAUCUCCGUUGCAGUUGACAGGCGUCUCCAUAAUGCCCGAAUGAGGUGUUCAAAUUUCGAUGCGGAACGACAUCAAGCCUUUACGGGAAUCAUGGGGAUUAUUGAAACCGGCGGCUCUGAAUCGACGAUUUUACUAGAAAGGGUUGAAGACACGAAUUUGUACCGCCUGGACAAAGAUGAAUUCAGCAAUGGAAUGGCCACCGUCCGAAAUAAUCUUGUCUGUAUGAUGGAUAGGAACAUGCCCCAAACUAGGAGACUAAGAGAUUUGAUCAUUGAUGGCCAUGCUCCUUCAUUCAACUCAAUUUCUUCGUCAACCAUACCAUGGCUUGCUGGAACCGAGCUAAAUAUUGACCAAAAGGGAGCGAUUGAGAAAGUAAUGAGCGCAAAUGAUUAUGCUCUGGUUUUAGGGAUGCCAGGAACCGGGAAAACAACUACCAUAGCCCAUAUUAUACGGGCUCUCGCAUCUCAAGGCAAAAGCGUCCUUCUUACCUCUUAUACUCAUACUGCUGUGGACAAUAUUUUGUUAAAAAUAAAGGACGACAACAUCCGCACUUUGAGAUUAGGUGCCACAACAAAAAUUCACCCAGAUGUUCGAAAGUUUGCUGAUUUGGCAGCUACUCCCAAAGAGACGAUAGAGGAGUUGAAGGAUAUUUAUGAAAAUUCCCGGAUCGUGGCGACCACAUGCUUGGGGAUUAAUCAUCCUAUCUUUAACAGCCGCAUGUUCGAUUUCUGUAUUGUUGACGAAGCGUCCCAAAUAACUCUCCCGGUUUGCCUAGGUCCUAUUCGUAUGGCGAAAACGUUCAUCCUUGUUGGAGACCACUAUCAGCUGCCUCCUCUCGUUCAGGAUAAGCAGGCCCAGGAGGGUGGCUUGGAUGUCAGUUUGUUUAAACUUCUCUGCGAUUUACAUCCAGCCUCUGUUGUUAAUUUGGAGCAUCAAUAUCGAAUGUGUGAGGAUAUCAUGCUCCUUUCGAACAUCCUUAUAUACUCCGGACAUCUCAAGUGUGGAACACCAGAAGUUGCCAAAAGUUACCUCAAAAUCCCCAACCUCCAUGGGCUAAAACAACACCAUGUCGACCCAUCAUCGCUGUCUCCCAACCUCCGAAACUCCUGCCUAGGAUCUCGAUAUGGACGGUGUUGGAUCCGCGAUCUGCUCGACCCUGUCGCAAGAACCAGACUUGUCAAUACUGACCCUUUGCAACCUCAGGCCAUAGAGUCAUCCAAGGGUUCCCGUAUCAUAAAUCACAUCGAAGCCGUGCUCUGCGCGCAGUUCGUCGAAUCUUUCCUUUCCGCUCAAAACUAUAUAUAUAUACGUGUGAACGUCGCGUUUACUCGCGCGCGAACCAAGUUGCUCAUUGUGGGAAGCAAGAAUACGCUCCGUGAUGGCAAUGAACUACUAGGAAAAUUCGUCCACCUUAUGGAUUCGAAGGGAUGGACGUAUGAUUUGCCGCGUACGGCUGUUGAAGAACAUGUUUUUGAAAAUAUGGAGAACGGGCUGACGCAGUUGAGUCCGCUUAAAAUCACGGAAGCUAUGCGAUCAAAUUCAAUCAGUCCAAAGAAGAAGAAGAGCCCGGCUAAAAAAAGCUCCGAUCCUGAUCAGAGUCCUCUGAAGGCUAAACAUCGCAUGGCGUUGAGCCCAGUCAAGAACAGACAGUCAUCUGCUUGCCAAAAGAGGCCGCACAAACUGGGGGGGAAGCUCUUGGACGGUGCGAGGAUUGUAGCAACGAGACCGGUAUUGAGGGAUGUGAUGAACAAUUUGACAUAG